AUGGAAAGAGGCUGCACAGAGGAGCCCACCCGGCCCGGGUGGCAGCCGGGGCUGUGCGGGCAGCCGGAGGGAAGUGACCAGCAGAGGGAGGAGAGCGGGGCCGGGCUGCCCGAGCAGGGCAACGGCUCCAUGACAGCUGCUGAGCCACAGCAGCCUCCUGGCAAGCUGAAGAAAACUGCUUUCAAACUGUUUGGAGGGAAGAGGAGCAUCUGUACACUACCCAGCUUCUUUGGAGGCAGGAACAAGGGCCAAGGGAAAGCAGCCUCUAAAAAGGGCCUCAGUAAAUGUAAGACCCACGAUGGGCUCAGUGGUGCUGCUUAUGACAAGGGCGAUGGGGUGCAGCUGGAAAGCCCUUUGGAGGGGAGCAGGGACUCGCAUCCUUGCCCCCUGCCAAGCUCCCAAAGUGCUCAUGUGGCCAUAGACACUAGUGCCAAGUUUGAUUUUGGCCAGCAGGACAGCUCUCCACCUGGGAGUAUUGAAGGCUGUGAGAAAAAGCCCAAUGGAGAUAAGUCCUUUCCCAGACCUAAAAAAGGCCUGAAAGGGUUUUUUAACAGCAUCCGCCGUCACCGGAAGAGCAAGGUUCCCGAGUGUGAAAAAACACAGCUCCCCGAGUGGACUGGGGAUUCAGAGCAGGCUGGCAAAGCUCCUGGUGUGGGAGCAGAGAGCCAAGAGGCCAUGGAGGGAAGGGAACUGGGACCUGUCCCUCUUGCCAUGGCCUGCCCGGGCUGCUUGGAGGACAAGUGCUCGGUAGGCACAGCCACCCACUGCGGGGAGACUGCUGAGCCUGGCUGUCUCACAGCUGAUGAAGGCACCUGUGUGGGCGACAUGGUGGUGAUGCCACGGAAGAGGGACACUCUGGAUAAAAAAUCAGAGACUGAUGCUGUUGCCUGCACAGAGUUUGACCACGGCAAUCUGCUGCUGGACUUCCCUCCUGACUUCAUCGACAAUGACCCUCCCUGCCUACACUCUGGGGACCUCCUAGAUCUUAUCUUAGGAGAUGCCACAUCCUUAAAGAGCUUUGAUUCCCUGACAGGGUGUGGAGAUGACAUUGCUGAGCCUGACAUCACUGAGAGCACCAUCUCUGUGGAGCGCAGCAGAGAAGCUGCUAAACGGAGCUCCUGCCUGGUCACCUACCAGGGUGGUGGGGAGGAGAUGGCCAUACCUGAGGAGGCAGAGGAGUACCUCCACCAGAUAUGGAAUGGCAACGUGGCAGGGGACAGGACCUAUGAAGCCCAGGUGUCAAGUAGCAGUUUGGAGACACACGCCUCCCACGAGGUGGAAGCGCAUCCCUACCUAGGGGAUGCAAUGGAUGGUGUGGACCUCCUGACUCCACAGAGUGACCAGCAAGAGUCAGCCCCUAAUAGCGAUGAGGGUUAUUAUGACUCCACCACCCCAGGGCCAGAGGAUGAAGCUGGAGAUGGGCUCAGUGAGAUCAAGAAGGACCGUCUUCCCAGAGACAGUUACAGUGGUGAUGCACUUUAUGAGUUUGACACAUUGAUGAGUCCCUCACACGGAGAUGAAUCCCUGUUUGAGGGCAAAAUCUCACGCCCGGGGAUCUUCAGCUACUUCUUGGACUUCUGCCUCCCUGCUGAGAAGAGCUUGAAUCACAUGAUGGAUCAGAAAAGAGGGGUGAUGGAAACAGAGGAGCGGCUAGCGGCCAUUCAGAAAGAGCUGCUGUACUGGGAGCUGCAGAGGGAGCCGGUCUUGAAACGACUUGAUCUUCCAGACAAGGAGAAGUGUCCCCGAGAAAAGCAGUGCAUUGAAUGUAAAACUAGAGCAGCCAGCUCGAUGGGCAAGAAUCAGAGUGGCCUUGGUAGUGAGCAGGUGGCCUCGCACACCCCAAACAGGGGUGUGCAUACUGGGGUUUUGGUGGCUAGAGCAGAAAAUCCAGAGUGGAGAGAUUUUCCAGGGACUCUGUCUCAGCCGAACUGUUACAACAGCCAAAAAGCCCAAGGAAGUUGCCUUAUUCAGCUCACGAAGAACAACUCGGGGUUCAAUUCGGACCCAGAUUGUGGGUUGUUUGGGGGCUCCAUCCUCGGUGGCAUAGCCCCAGCCAAAGCAGGGAUGUUCCCUGGCUACAGACUCCCAGAGCCUGAGUGUGGCAGCGGAGAGGAGACCACCACCAGCAAGUCCCAGGUGGGCAGCGAGUGUGAGCCUGAGCAUGCUGUGAGCUUCUCGCAAGCGCUGGUGGAGUUUGCCAGCAGCGGGACCCUCUUCUCCAGCCUCUCCGAAAGCCUGGGGAGCUCUGCCUCUGGCUCUUCCUUCACCCAGAACCUCCCUGCCCUCCCCACCAUGGUUACGUUCGACGUCGUUGAUGUGGAGCAGGAAGGAGAAGGGGAGUGUGAGCAGCACCCUGAGAUGAAUGCCGGUGAGGACAUUGCCGAGGCCUUUGACGAUGGCUACGGACAGAAAGAGUCACUGGCCGAAUGUGACGAAAGAAUGUCCCCGGGGUAUUCCCCGGGCUCCUUCCAGAGCUGCAACUGGGGUGUUGCCAGCCUGCCCCGGCACAUGCGGCUCCAUGGGCUGAACCCCUCUCUGCCAGCACCCCUCUCUGUUGACCGUAGGAGCCGGUCACUUGACACAGAGAGCUUGGAGGUUGAGCUUGCUGACUCACAGGUUGUCAGGAGCAGCCCUCAGCCCAGCCGGCUGUGGUCAAAGCGGGAAAGCAGCAAAAAGGACUCAGGUGGAGCAAGGAGGAGCCGGAGCAAGGAGGAGGGCGAGCUGGUGGCUCUUGAUGGUGGGUUGAGCUGGCCAGGCUUGCAGCACCUUCCGCAUGACACCGACAUGGCUGCUGGGGGGAUGAAGCACUGGGGCUUCGCUCCAGCUGCUGCAAUGGAGAGCACCUGGGAGCCACCAGAGCUGCAGGGCACCAUGUCCCCUUUCCUGUCUCUUUCCCAGAGUGUUGCUGGACAGGCUCCGGAGAGGCGGCCCCAAGAGCUGGAGGUGAGCAGGCUGCUCCGACCCUCCGAUUUACCUUUGCAGCCUGACACCAGGCAGUCCCGGGAGACAGCCAGUUCCUGCAGGUACCACGGGGACCUCAGCACCAAAAAGCUGUCCCACUUUUUACCCUUGGGAGAAACUGAGUCCGAGCUGCCCACGGGCUUUAGUUUCUCUUGCUCCCCAGAGAAGCGCACCAAGUGCAAACCCAUCGGCAUUGCCCAGGGAAUGCCUCAGCAUCCCAACGGCAGCACCAGUGCCGUACAAAGCCCGGAGUGCUGCGGAGAGCCCCUGAAAGGCAGAGCGCCCCCUGGCCGCGUGCUGCCCACGGGCUGCCAGAGCACUGCCAUGAAUGUCACCAAAGCCAAAUAG